AUGUCUAAUAGAGAACCACCAAAGUUGCCACCAGGCUGGAAAGCCCAAUGGGAUGAAGAAUAUCAGACAUUUUUUUAUAUAAAUGAAAGAACCGGAGAAACUCAAUGGGAAUUACCAACUGGAGAAGCCACUGGAACUGCCACUCACUCUGAAUCCAAAAGUACAAUUCCUUCACGUCCUCCAGUUGAACAAGGAAAUGGUGAUAAUGAACAAACAGAUAGAGGUAUUGGAUCAUUUGUUAUGAAUCAAGCAAUUUCAAGUGCUACUGGUUCUAAACACCAUGGAAGUAGUAGUGGUGGCGGUGGCGGUGUCCAAUCGUUUAUUAUGAACCAAGUUGUUUCAAGUGUUACUGGUUCCAAUAAACACCACAAUGGAUCUGGAUCCGGUUCUGGGGCUGCUGGAUUGGUCGGUAGCUUAUUAUCUGGUGGUAGUGGCCACCACAAUAACAAUUAUAACUACAACAACAAUCAUCAAGGUCAAUCUUCAGUGGGGUCUUUAGUUGGAAGUUUUUUAUCUGGAGGAAGUAGUCAUGGUAAUGGUGGUAAUGGAUCAUACAAUAACCAUGGAGGCUCAUAUAAUGACCGUCCGCAACAACAAUCUGGAUUUUCUGGGGCCUCUGAGUUGAUUGGUAACUUUUUAGGAGGAAAGAAUAAUCAUAAUAACCAAGGAGGCGGUUAUAAUUCAGGUCAUAAUAACAAUUAUGGUGGAAGAAAUGAUGGCUAUGGCGGAAGAAACGACAAUUAUGGCGGCCGAAACGACAACUAUGGCGGAAGAAAUGACAACUAUGGUGGCAGAAAUGACAAUUAUGGUGGCAGAAACGACAAUUAUGGUGGAAGAAACGACAAUUAUGGUGGAAGAAAUGACAAUUACGGUAAUGGAUACAACAACAACCAAGGCGGAUUUGGUACAGACAAUAGUUUUGGAUAUGGAAGAAACGAUAAUAACCGUUAUUAG